AUGCAUUUGUAUAAUUUAACACUUCAGAGGGCUACUGGAAUUACUCAUGCGGUGCAUGGUAAUUUCAGUGGCAGUAAGAUGCAAGAAAUUCUUGUAUCUAGAGGAAAGUCUCUGGAGUUAUUAAGACCAGAUCCUAAUACAGGCAAAGUACACACAUUAUUAACUGUAGAAAUAUUUGGUGUUAUAAGAAGUUUAAUGUCUUUUCGACUGACUGGUGGAACCAAAGAUUAUAUUGUAGUCGGAUCAGAUUCUGGAAGAAUUGUCAUUUUAGAGUAUAUCCCAGCGAAGAAUUUAUUUGAGAAAGUUCAUCAAGAAACUUUUGGGAAAAGUGGUUGUCGGAGAAUUGUACCUGGUCAGUAUUUAGCAAUUGAUCCAAAGGGAAGGGCUGUGAUGGUUGGAGCGGUAGAAAAACAAAAAUUAGUUUACAUUUUAAAUAGAGAUGCUGAAGCCAGGUUAACAAUUUCAUCGCCGCUUGAAGCACACAAAAGCAACACACUAGUUUAUCACAUGGUUGGUGUCGAUGUGGGUUUUGAAAAUCCCAUGUUUGCUUGUCUCGAAAUAGAUUAUGAGGAAGCUGAUACAGAUCCAACAGGGGAAGCGGCAAGUAAAACUCAACAAACUUUAACAUUUUAUGAACUUGACUUGGGUUUAAAUCAUGUAGUCAGGAAAUAUAGCGAACCUCUUGAAGAGCAUGCUAAUUUUCUCGUUUCCGUUCCCGGAGGAAAUGAUGGACCGAGUGGAGUUUUAAUAUGUUCAGAAAAUUAUUUAACUUACAAAAAUUUGGGUGAUCAGCAUGACAUAAGAUGUCCUAUUCCUAGACGACGGAACGAUUUAGACGAUCCAGAAAGGGGAAUGAUUUUUGUAUGUUCAGCAACCCAUAAAACAAAGUCUGUAUUUUUUUUCCUCGCACAGACUGAGCAGGGUGAUAUAUUCAAAAUAACAUUGGAAACAGAUGAAGAUAUGGUAACGGAAAUAAAAUUAAAAUAUUUUGACACAGUACCUGUAGCAACUUCCAUGUGUGUUAUGAAAACCGGAUUCUUGUUUGUAGCCUCAGAAUUUGGAAAUCAUUAUUUGUAUCAAAUAGCUCAUCUUGGUGAUGAUGAUGACGAACCUGAAUUCAGUUCUGCCAUGCCUUUAGAAGAAGGUGAUACCUUUUUCUUUGCGCCUAGAGCUUUAAGAAAUUUAGUACAAGUAGAUGAAAUGGAUUCAUUGUCUCCCAUAAUGGCUUGCCAAGUAGCUGACUUGGCUAAUGAAGACACGCCUCAGCUGUACAUGCUCUGCGGGAGGGGUCCAAGGUCAACAUUAAGAGUUUUAAGGCACGGUUUAGAGGUGUCGGAAAUGGCCGUAUCAGAAUUACCCGGUAAUCCUAAUGCAGUAUGGACAGUAAAAAGGCGAGUGGAAGAAGAAUAUGAUGCUUACAUAAUCGUAUCUUUCGUGAAUGCGACAUUGGUGCUUUCCAUCGGUGAAACCGUGGAGGAAGUAACGGAUUCUGGAUUUUUAGGAACCACUCCCACAUUGUCUUGCUCCGCCCUCGGUGAUGACGCUCUCGUACAAGUGUAUCCCGAUGGAAUUCGACAUAUUCGUGCGGAUAAAAGAGUCAACGAGUGGAAAGCUCCGGGGAAAAAAACUAUUAUGAAAUGCGCAGUUAAUCAGCGUCAGGUUGUCAUCGCUUUAACAGCUGGAGAAUUGGUUUAUUUCGAAAUGGAUCCAACUGGUCAAUUGAAUGAAUACACGGAAAGGAAAGCAAUGCCUUCGGACGUAUCAUGCAUGGCUCUGGGAAAUGUGGUACCCGGAGAACUUCGAUCCAGGUUUCUUGCAGUCGGUUUGGCUGACAACACCGUACGAAUAAUUUCUUUGGAUCCGUCGGACUGUCUUUCGCCUUUAAGUAUGCAAGCUUUGCCGGCGGCAGCUGAAUCGUUAUGUAUUGUCGAAAUGGGUGCCGCUGAUAAGAAACCAGACAGCGAAGAAAGUACCGUCACACAAUCGAAUCUUUACUUAAACGUCGGAUUGCAAAAUGGUGUCUUGUUACGAACGGUUUUGGAUCCUGUCACCGGUGAUUUAGCCGAUACUCGUACGCGAUAUUUGGGUUCAAGACCGGUUAAACUUUUUAGAAUAAAAAUGCAAGGAAGCGAAGCGGUGUUGGCCAUGUCCAGCCGAUCGUGGCUCAGUUAUUAUUAUCAAAAUCGUUUUCAUUUGACUCCCUUGUCUUAUGAGUCGUUGGAGUACGCUUCUGGUUUUUCCUCGGAACAAUGUCCGGAAGGUAUCGUCGCCAUAUCUACAAACACUCUUCGUAUUUUAGCUUUGGAAAAAUUAGGAGCCGUUUUUAAUCAAAUUUCGUUUCCUCUCGAGUACACGCCUAGGAAAUUUGUCGUUCAUCCGGAAACUGGUAAAAUGAUUUUGCUCGAAACCGAACACAAUGCGUACACGGAAGAGACGAAAAAACAAAGAAGGGUUCAAAUGGCAGAAGAAAUGCAAGAAGCUGCCGGAGAUGAAGAACAAGAAUUGGCAAAAGAAAUGGCGGAAGCUUUUCUAAGCGAAGAUCUUCCAGAAUCAAUAUUUGGAGCUCCAAAAGCUGGAUCUGGCAUGUGGGCCUCGAUAAUAAGAAUCAUCGAUCCGGUUGAGGGACGAACGGAUAAAAUUGUUCGACUCGAACAAAACGAAGCGGCUCUAAGUAUCGCUUUGGUGAAAUUUAACAAUCAUCCAGAGUCACUUUUCUUAGUCGUGGGAGUAGUAAAAGAAUAUCAACUUUCUCCUAGGCAAGUCAGUUUCGGAUACCUCUACACGUUCAGGAUUAACGAAGACGUGACGGAUUUGGAACUCGUACACAAGACGACGGUCGAUGAAGCACCCGCUGCAGUUUGUCCGUAUCAUGGCCGUCUACUCGUCGGAGUCGGCCGAAUGUUGCGAUUGUACGAUCUCGGAAAGAAAAAGCUUCUUCGAAAGUGCGAAAAUAAGUACAUUCCAAAUCAAAUUGUCAGCAUUUGCGCGACCGGUCAAAGGGUUUUUGUGAGCGACGUACAAGAAAGCGUUUACAUGGUCAGGUACAAAAGACAAGAAAAUCAAUUGAUUAUAUUCGCGGAUGACACUCAUCCUAGAUGGAUAACUUGCACGACUAUUUUGGAUUACGACACCGUUGCCACGGCUGAUAAGUUUGGAAACAUUGCAAUCAUAAGACUUUCGUCCAUCAUAACCGACGACGUUGACGAAGACCCAACGGGUAACAAAGCUCUGUGGGACCGAGGACUUUUGAAUGGGGCAUCGCAAAAAGCCGACGUGCUCGCCAAUUUUCACGUCGGCGAAACUUGCAUGUCCCUGCAGAAAGCGACGCUCAUACCUGGAGGAUCGGAAUCCCUCGUGUACACGUCACUCUCCGGAACGGUCGGAGUUUUGGUACCGUUCACGUCUCGCGAAGACCACGAUUUUUUCCAGCAUUUGGAAAUGCACAUGAGAAGCGAACACCCACCACUGUGCGGAAGAGAUCAUUUGUCUUUUAGAUCGUAUUAUUACCCCGUAAAGAACGUCAUAGACGGGGAUUUGUGUGAACAGUACAAUUCGAUUGAACCCGCCAAACAGAAGAGCAUCGCCGAAGAUUUGGAUCGGAACCCGUCGGACGUGUCGAAAAAACUGGAAGACAUUCGAACGCGCUACGCAUUUUAA